UGACCUGAGUCGUCGUAGCAUAUAGAGUCGGUACGAGGCGUGUGUCUGUCUCUCCUGGCGUCCGUCUGUACAGGAACCUACGAAUAUUAACCUCAAACAAACAUUUAUGGAACUCUCUGAGAUUUUAUGGAUGUAGACCAACAGACCUGGUGGUAAUAUUUUCUCUGUAUUAAGGAGUUACUGGAGGUUUAUCGUCAAGGGAGGGAGGGAGGAAGGGGGACGCAUGGAUCCUCGAGGCCAACUUAGUGACUAGUGUGUGUGUUUAACCGAGGCGUGUUCUCCAGCAUUACAGGAUACCGCAACUUACAACGUUAUAGCUGCUACAGACCAACACAGGAAACCUUUACUGUAAAAGCCGAGAAAAAAGUGAUAAAAUAAUUUGCUAAAACACAACAAAACCACCAAGUGGCGACACAUAACACCGGCCAUUUUGUGACGUCACGUGUGUACUAUGGCUGUUUAGAAGAGACAAAUAUAUUAUUUAUAGAAGACAAUAUAGAAGAGCCAGUCAUAUACUGUACAGGAGACUGUAUAUAGUGACGGCUAUAUCGUAAAGUUUUAUUUGUUGUCAACUGACGUUAUUUAUCUCUAGUGAAGUGUGUACAUUUGGGAAAGUGACGUUACGACUACCUGUGGCUUUCAGAAGGAAGUUAUUUCUGCAACAGUGACCUUUAUGUAUCUACAACUGACGAAGGUUUACCUCUACAUCUGACACCACGGCCGUUUAUAGAAGUGGCGUCAUAAUCAUCAGCCUGUCGUCUCAUCUCGUGACGUCAGACCUGGUAACAGCUCAGCCCGGUGGUCUUCCCUGGUCUUUGUCCGUAAAGACCAGGAGAAGGUGAGCCAGCGACCAGCCCGAGUGCCUUACCUCUACUUGUAGAGCGUCCCGUGCCAAACGUAGACAGUUACUAUUUUCUUUUGAAUAAAUACUGACUAUAUGUGUCAAUCAUAUGGUAAGGCCUUUGAUAACAGUUUCAUUUGUGAGAUUGUCUCUAAUGAGUUUGAAAUUUUGUGACCAAAUUUGAGUUUUAGUAAGAAAGCGGAAAUUGAACCACAAGUUGAGUAUAAAAGUUCUACGGCGCCAACUGUGAAGAUAUUAUAUAGGAAACAGACAGACAGACAGACAACCAACACAAGAGGUGAAGCCUGUCUCCCCUCCUCGUUGGUAGUCAGUCACCUUGGGUACCAUGUGGUCGACGGGUGGAGGAGCCUGGUAGCUGGAGGUGUGACGUGCACCGGAUCUAAAGGUAGUGAAUGAAGCUUAAGGCAAAGUUGAAAUUUUUGCUUAUAUCUGGUGGUCUUCUGAACCGCGGCCACCAACACUACUACCCCAACACUACCACCACCAUCACCACCACCACAGUGACGAACUCCACCACCUCGACCACCAAGAUGUCCCGAGACUACCCAUCAACCUGCAAGUCCAUGAUGGACCUGACUGGGCGCAGCGGCGACAGUGAGCAGCAUCAGCGGCUACACAAAGCUCGUUCGGUGUGGGACGUUGGGGGGAAGCCUGCAGUACGGCGGAGACGAACCACUGAAACUUUCCGCCCGCCUGAUCCUGUAGUGGAGCCCCGGGCGCGGCCUGUGUCCCUUCCAGUCACCUCCCCCGUGAGACCCAAGAGGGUCUCUGCCAUCCAAUGGGCUGAAGGUGUGGGCAGGGAGGAAACCGACAAAGAGACGAGAGGAAGCUUCCUCACUCCCUCCUCGGCAGGUCGACCUCACCGCUAUUCCAGCAGCUCGGUCACCUCCACGCCCUCCACGCCCGCCAUACUCUCCUCCUCCAGUGCCGGUGACGGGGUUGAGUCAGUAAUGUUCAGAGGAGAAGGGAACCUGUUGGAGGCUCAGUCCAUGAUGUCACUGUCUCGACCAUACAGGGUGAGCAACGGCUCAGACGACGAACCCAGAGGAUUCCGUAAAAAGUCCGCCAGCGCCCUACAUGCCCUGAAGAACCUGAGUCGCAGCACGCCGGCGAUGUCCCCGUCAGCGUCGCCGCGACACAGUGACAGCGAGGGACCGCCGCGAGUAUCCAAGGGUACCAAGAAGUUUAUGAGACACUUCGCCGACGCCCCCGCCAGCGAGUGGGUCCUUAACUACUUCUCUUGCGCCCUGGUGUCCGACAUCUUGCUUCAGGGAACUCUGUACAUCACUCCUAACUUCUUCGCCUUUUACUCCAAGAUCUUUGGGCACGUCAGCAGGUUGUUGAUCCCGGUGACACAGGUGGCGGGCAUCCAGAAGGAGAGGACGGCUAAGAUCAUCCCUAAUGCCGUAGGGCUGCAGAUGUUAGAUGGCAAGAGCUACGUGUUUGGCUCCCUCCUCUCCAGGGACUCUACCUACAAAUUGAUGCUUCACAUAUGGAAGAAGGCACAGAGGUUGGCUGACAGUGACAGCGAGCCUCCAUCUGCUGUACAGGUGGCAGGAGAGGAAGACGAUGGAGAAGACUCUGUGUCGGGGAGUGCGGAAAGCCUAAUGGAGGAGGACCAGACAGACAGUGGGUACCUCGCUUCAAGUCCAAUCUCUGCUGUGACCGCCGUGGCAACUGGUGCUACGGUGCCCUGGACACGAGACACCUCCUCCACCACCACCAUCACCACCACCACCACAGCUAUACUCCCCGGCCCAGACAUCUGCACCUCCUCCUCCACCAGCAUUCCAUUAAGUAAUCUAACCAGUUCACAAAAUCCAGUGACGUUAAGACAAGGAGGAUUGUCAGUGGUGAAAGGUGUAGGUGCGAGUAUACCCGAGGAGCCUGGGGGUGCUGCCGGCGUUGGUGACGGCUUGAUACAGUGGUUCAUACAGGGAUCCUUAGUUAAAAGUAUCGGUAGUUCGAUCCCUGAGUACUCCCAGUUCACCCAGCUGUAAAUGGGUACCUAACUUUACAAGUUUGGGAAGUGAAGACAGUCGAGAGCAGUACCAGCCAUGUUGCCUCCUUGUGAACUGAUAGCUUAGUAUAUAGUGUGCUGUAUCCACACUGUCUCUAACGAGCAGUCAUGCCUAUGAGGCCGACUUUCACCUUUCACCUUAUAGAUAUAAUGUACUGUGUAACUAUUAUGUGUAUGUGUGUUCCCAUAUGAAUAAUUCUGCCCUUAGAAUUGAUAUGUGCAGUAUUGUACUUUGGGCACUGUAUAUAGUUCUUCUCAGUAGAUCUGUGUGUCUUAACUUAUUGUAAAUAGUUAGACCUAUCCCUUAGUGAGAGCUAUUCACUUUAUUUUAAAGCAGGUAUUUCCUUCUCACAAACAGCCACCCACACACAUCUUUUCCACGAUCAUUCCUCUUUACCAAAUGUUUUCUAUGCCAGAGAUAUAACCUGCAAGAUUUCCUCCUCCCCACAGAUAUUCUCCCAGAUGUCCUUCUUUCACAGACAUCCCCCUCAGAUAUCCACCUAUAGACGUCACCUCAGAUGUCCACCCACAAACAUUCACUUCCCCUCAGAUGUUCACCUCAUUGUGCCUCCCACAAACAUUCACUUCCCUGUAAAUGUUCACCUCAUUGUGCCACCCACAAACAUUCACUUCCCCUCAAAUGUUCACAAUAUACUGCCAGAUUAUGGGGUCACUAAGUCUAAGGGGAUAACUUAACUAUAGUCUUAAUUUUAAAGGUUGCUGUCACUAGACCCCCUCUGGGCAGUAUGUAGCAGGUUGGUAGUGGGCAGAGGUGACUAGGCACUGAGUAAGGUUUUUCAUUGACCAGAUCAAUAAGGGAACAGAAGGGUGAAACCAUCACAUGUCUUAACUAAUUUAUUCCUUAUAAAACAUACUGUAACAAAAAAUACAAGUGAGUUGGCCUUCCUCAGAAGAACAACGAAGAUGUUGGUUACCCUUCUUGCAAUAUCACUCAAUACGUCAGACUGCUCCACCUGUAUGGAAUAUAGCACCUUAGGUCAUCAUACAUAGUAACACCAUCUCACCUCCCUG